AUGGUUGUACAUAAAUAUGUUAAUACAGCUCUUUCUUGCUUUCCAGGUUUUGGAGGUGCCCUGGGUUACCUUUUGGGUGCCAUCGACUGGGCACAUUUGAAACUGGGAAGAGUGCUGGGCACAGAAUUCCAAGUCAUGUUCUUCUUCUCCGCCUUGGUCCUCACUUUGUGUUUUACUAUCCAUCUGUGCAGCAUCCCUGAAGCCCCACUUAGAGAUGUUGCAAAGGACAUUCCCCCACAGCAAGCGCCCCAGGACCCUUCAUUAUCAUCAGAUAGACUGCACGAGUAUGGGUCUAUUGAGAAAGUGAAAAACGGUUAUGUAAACCCAGAGCUGGAGAUGCAGGGAGUAAAAAACAAAAAUGCGGCUGAACAGACCGGGAGGACAAUGACCAUGAGGUCCCUGCUGAGAGCGCUGGUGAGUAUGCCUUCCCACUACCGCUGCCUUUGCCUCAGCCACCUCAUUGGAUGGACCGCCUUCCUGUCCAACAUGCUCUUCUUCACAGACUUCAUGGGCCAGAUCGUGUACCAUGGGAAUCCCUACAGUGCACACAACUCCACAGAGUUUCUCAUCUACGAAAAAGGGGUCGAGAUUGGAUGUUGGGGCUUGUGCAUCAACUCCAUGUUUUCCUCACUUUAUUCUUACUUUCAGAAAGCUUUGGUGUCCUACGUCGGAUUAAAGGGUCUUUACUUCAUGGGGUACUUGCUGUUUGGCCUGGGAACAGGAUUUAUCGGGCUCUUCCCAAAUGUGCACUCCACCCUGGUGCUGUGCGCCUUGUUUGGCGUGAUGUCCAGUACUCUGUACACCGUGCCCUUUAACCUCAUUGCCGAGUACCACCGCGAGGAGCAGGAGCAGCAGGUGUGUCAUUGUACCUGUGCGUGGGGUGACAGCUGGACUCGCCUGAAGGCAGAGGGAUGCGGAGGAAAGAGUAGCGCAGAGCCAGGGAAUAGCAGCAGCACUGAAAUACCCAGCCAGAUGUAAGGACGGGCUGGCCGAGGCAUGACCGCCUGCCUCUCAUCCCUACUGUGAAGCCCUGUGCACCUGGGAGCAGUAGGGCAGGUACUGUUACUCCCAAUUGUCCGAUUAGGAAAAGGGGGCUCGAUCAUGCUGAGAAAUCAGCCCACAAUCACACAGGGACAAGGAAAGGGGAACCCGGGGCUUCUGACAACUGCCCCGCAUGUCCAGUGCACCUGCGAUAUUUCGGGGUCUCCUAAUCCCAACCACCGCAGAAGUGCAUGGUGGGAUUUCUGGGGGUUGUUGGCUGAGGGUAGGACAUUCCUAGGCAACGUUUUCCUUGUAAGUCCAGAUGUUUGUAAGUCAGACGCUGUGUGCAGGGAGGAAAGCUGGUGGCAGGUGCUCACCCCACCGGCUGCCUGGAGAGAGGCCUGCCCCCCUCCAUCCACCUGGGAGCUCAGGCUAGAGGGCAAGGCCCUACCGGCCCUCAAAGAACACUAGGUUAGGGAUUUCUGCUCUAAGAUGAUCACAUCUUCUUAUCAAAACGUGCAACUCUCCCUGCACGAAAAUAGGCUUACGUUUCUUAACUGGCUCAGUGAUGUGAACACUAAAGAGAGAACUUCACGUUUGAUCCAUCACAGCAUGAAACUGCAAAGACACUGGUGAGCUGUGACCGCAGUGCCAACCUUCUUCUCCAUUAUUUGAUCUGGCAGAAGCCACAGCAGGGCAGAGCUGUCCCAGGAGUUAAAACC